CACCACAGCUCCUAGCCAUGGCGGAGACUGCCAAGCUCCAGCUGUUUGUCAAGGCGAGCGAGGAUGGCGAGAGCGUGGGACACUGCCCUUCUUGUCAGCGGCUCUUCAUGCUCCUGCUCCUCAAGGGUGUGCCCUUCACCCUUACCACGGUGGACACUCGCAGGUCCCUGGAUGUGCUUAAGGACUUUGCUCCUGGCUCGCAGCUGCCCAUCCUUCUCUACGAUGGUGACGCCAAAACGGACACACUGCAGAUCGAGGAGUUUCUGGAGGAGACACUGGGGCCCCCUGAAUUCCCCAGCCUGGCGCCCCGCUACAGGGAGUCCAGCACAGCGGGCAACGACGUCUUUCACAGGUUCUCCGCCUUCAUCAAGAACCCGGUGCCCACGCAGGAUGAUGCCCUGUACCAGCUGCUGCUGCGCGCCCUCACCAGACUGGACAGCUACCUGCGCACGCCCCUGGAGCACGAGCGCGCGCAGGAACCACAGCUUCGUGAGUCGCGCCGCCGCUUCCUGGACGGCGACCAGCUCACGCUGGCUGACUGCAGCCUGCUGCCCAAGCUGCACAUUGUGGACACGGUGUGCACACACUUCCGCCAAGCGCCCAUACCGGCCGAGCUGCGCGCCGUCCGCCGCUACCUGGACAGCGCGUUGCAGGUGAAGGAGUUCAAGUACACGUGUCCAUACAGUGCUGAGAUCCUAGCGGCCUACCGGACUGCCGUGCGCCCCCGCUAGCCCCUCCCCCACCGUCUACAGCCACCCCCUGCCCACUCUUCUACAGCCCCAUAAAGGCACCUCUGCCUCAGUGAGCGUGUCCUGACCUCCGAGGGACCAGAGGGCCCUCGAUUUCUGCCACCCCC